AUGGGGGGUCCCACUCCAUCCGUCAUUUCUCCAUUCCAGCUUCGCUUUCCGAUUUCCUCUGCCUCCCUGUCAGCUCUCUGCGCUCCUCCCCAAACCUUCCGUGAUACCGACCGUGGUGUUAGCAUGGCGACCAGAAGGAGAGCACUGCCUGCGACUGAAUUCCCCCUCCAGGUGCCAGUGGGCAUCGGUGGGUACAUGGUGACGCUGGAGAUGAAGGACUACGAAGUCCUUCGCGACGAGAAGGCCGAGUUCACAGAACCUUGCUUCGACCUCGGCCUCGCGUACGAGCUCGAUCGUCUAGGAAAAGGCGAUAGGAUGAUCCUGAUCCGCGGUGCGAGUCUUCGCGCUGCCAGGACGGCGUCGAAGGCGGACUAUCUGGUUUUCGGGUCGGCCUUCGCCUUCGAAGCCCUCGCCAUCCCCCUGUGCACCGGGGGCGGACCUCUUCCUGGCAGGCACUGCAGCGUCCUGCUUGUUGUGCGCCCUGGCGACCUGCUUUUGCCCGACGAGGAGGAGAUCGGGACGUUCUACCGCCACCUCGACCCCAAGACCUCCUCCAAGCGGCACGAGGAGGAGGCGGCCAACGUUUUGAGGUUUUUCGGCGAGUGCGUGAAGGCGGAGUUGAACCGUGAGGGAAGGCAGUGGACGGCUGCGCCUCCUUCCGCCGAAGUCCUCUCCGAACGUCUGGAGAGUCUUGCCGCCCCCAUCCGUGAUGUGAGUUUCCAACGUCCAUGUCGCCUUGUCGCCUGGGCUAUCGUCGUCGAGGCGUCGACUCACCCUUUUCGUCGGCGCCAUGUGCUUCGGAUGUUGAUGCAGAAAUUGCCCGACAUCCUCAAGGAGGAGGUCACCGGCACGGGGCUGUUGGCGGUCAACGCGUUCGCGUGGUCGUUGGAACAUCUGGACGAUGUGUAUCGCAGCUACGAUCCGCUCAUCGUCAAGAACCCGAAGAUGGUCGGCUUGAAGGCGCUCCGACUGGAGCUGCUGCACCACGCGGAGAAGGCCGCGUCGAACAAAGGGGAGGCGGCGCCGACCGUGGGCCGUGGCGUCGGAACCGGCAUCGCUCUGGGUGGGGAGGAGGAGCAUGAGAGGGAGGACGUUGAGGGGGGCGGGGAGCACGACGGUGGCUCGGAAGAAGAGGAGGAGGACGUGGAGCGUGAGGAGGACGACGUGGUUGUCACCGGCGAAGAGGAGGCAGUACAGUUCGCCGGUGAGAAGGUUGCGGAUAAGAGCGGCGGCAGCGGACCCAAGUUGGGCAAGAAGGCCCGGGGCAGCAGUGGCUCGACCCUGACUAGGAUGGCGUCAAAGUCGGCUAUCGAGCGUCUGAAGGCGGCGGAGAGGGAGAUCAAGAAGCUGAGGGAGGAGAAGCUGGUGGCGGAAAAGAGGCUGGAGUUCCAGACGGCCCGGAAUGACACGAUUUACGGCGUGGUCACCUUGGCCGUGAACAAGCUCACUACAGUCGCCGAGGGCGUGACCCAUCUCGAGCAGACGUCGGGGAGGAGCAUCCAAACGGCGAUGGACGCUAUGAGGGCGGUCGUGCAGGAGGCGGUGAGUUAUCGCGGCUCCACCCUAGAAUUCAUGAACACGCAGAGGCUGCCCACCGUGCAGGCCCUGCACUUGACGGCUACUGCUGCACAGGGUAGGCGACGGGAGGACGACCUCCUGCUGCUUCGAGGUGUGGCAGAUGCUCUCGGCCAGAAGAUCAAAACAGUCGUGUCUGCCGAGGUGAAGGCCGCCAUGGAGGGCGAGGCGCAGCGGAUCGCCGCUGCCGUGACUGCGAAGGCCGUCCAAGAGCUUAGGGACGACCUGGUGAAGGCGGUCACCUCCGCGACCCAACAGGGCAUUGGCACCGCCGGGUUUAGCCUCCUCCCAACUGCUCUCGCGUCGGUGAUGCACGGCGGUCGCGCAACCGCCGAGGAGAGUGGGCCGGCCCCAAGGCAGUUGGGGAAAAGGGUCGCCGACGAAAAAUCCCUGACCGGCGACCAGACCAGCGGCGCUAAGCAAAGCAGAGGACCUGCGGUGAAACGCGGUGUGGGCGUGGAUCCUCCUGCCCCUCCGUAUGUGGUCGACCAAGGAGCAGAGGCAGGGAACGUCGCGGCGGCGACUGCAGGGCCGAGUGGCUCAACGGUGGAGGCGGCUGUGUGGAGAGCGGCGGAAGAGGCCGGCGGGGUGGACAAAGAGAUCCUCGCCAGCAUCGUGAUGCCGGACCCGGAAAUCGAGGUCAUGCGGGAAAAACUACAAGCAGCAGCUCCCACCGUGGGAGCGCAACAGGGUGCACCAGCCGCCUCGACUGCUCCUGCGGAGGACCAUAGCGCGGCUGGCGCCAAAUCCCCCCCGGCCACAACCGGCGUCCGCGUUGACCCUUCAAGUUGGCUGGCCGUCUCGGAGAUGAAGUUUGGGAAGAAGAGCCGUUACAUCUGCCGGUCGAUGGACAAGUCCGAGGCCGCCUACUGCAUCGAUGUCGCCGUUUUGUCUUUCGACGGCUUCGUCAGCGACGUGGUUCUCGACGAGUUCGGUGGGGUCAAGGAGGAAGUGAUGGCGCAGUAUAAGGCGGACUGGAAUGUGGCGCGAUUGAUUCCGGGGGGCAUGUGGAUGGUGGUCGUGGAAUACAACUGGAUAACCGGAGCCGACCGCGCAGCUCUCAUGUUGGCUCUUCGCCCGGCGGUGUGGUUCGGCGACCUUCCGGAGUCGACCGAGCCCGAGAAGGCCGCGAAGAACAAGGUGGCGAGCGACAUGAUCGCACGCCGGCCGGCGAAGGGGGGGGCGGCAGCGACCGUGCGCGGAGCGUCCAACGAGUUCGCGAGUCGGUGUCGGACCGUCAUCGAGGCGGUGCUUCAGCGGGCGGCCUCCCGGGUGGUCGCCGUAGGGGAGGUCGCCGAAACGGUGACGAAGGACUUGCAGGCGGCUGUGGUGAGGUCGCUGCCUGAGGUCGGAGAGGAGCGCGAGCACGACGAGCUGAUCGCCCGUGUCAUGAUAGAGAACCUCGCCUUCUGGGGGGACUGCAAUGUCAGAGGCCCGAAGCUCAAGGCUCGCGGUGUCGAUUUGCCUAUCGGCCCCCAGAUGAAGAUUAUCAUUCGGGACAGGGGGGCGAGGCGGCAGCAGCACAAAGGGAAGCAGGUCGCCGACGCCUAG